CCGCUACGCUCACAGCCCAAAACCUCCCACAACCGAAACCAAACAGACACGGAACCAGAUCACAACCACACCACAAUCACUGCUCCGACGCCCCCAACCUCCCCGUCCAUCUCUCCACACCUGCACCGGCCACCGCGCUUGGAGCACGCCACCUGAGAUCCGACGAACCGGCCGGAGAUGGGACGGCGAAGGGCGUCUUACUACGUGGAGGCGGCGCCGCCGGUGGACGUGAACAAGAACACCGAGUGGUUCAUGUACCCCGGGGUCUGGACCACCUACAUCCUGCUCCUCUUCUUCGCCUGGCUCCUCGUCCUCUCCGUCUCCGGCUGCUCUCCCGGGGCCGCAUGGACCACCGUCAACCUCGGCCACUUCGCCAUCACUUACCACUUCUUCCAUUGGAAGAAAGGAACUCCGUUUGCUGCUGAUGAUCAAGGCAUUUACAACAGAUUGACUUGGUGGGAGCAAAUUGACAAUGGGCAGCAGCUUACUCGUAAUAGGAAGUUCUUAACUGUGGUACCUGUUGUUCUGUAUCUGAUUGCGUCACACUUGACUGACUACAACCAGCCAAUGCUCUUCCUCAACACUGUAGCAGUUUUAGUGCUUGUCAUAGCUAAGAUGCCAAACAUGCACAAGGUCCGUAUAUUUGGUAUCAAUGCAGAUAUCUGAGGAACGCUGCAAGCACAAUCUGAACUUCAGCAGCGCAGAACAAUGGCAAGGCAGGAUGAUGCAACCCUAGUACUGUUGUGUGUAACAUCUGUAUAUAGGUUAAGAGAAAACUGUAAAUAUUAACUAGCACACGGGAUUCGGCUACAGAUUCCAGAGAACUCUUGGAAGUGUAGAAUGUAACUUCAAUAAAGAUGCUAAUAUGUGGAUGGAAACUUGCCCA